CCCGGUCCUGUUUCUCUGAGGACUGCUAUAAAGCGGCCGCCCAUUCACUGAGAAAUCACAACAAGUACUCAGCUUAGAGAGAGAGAGCGAGAGAAUACAUCUGCUUCACACUCGGAGGAAAAAACUUGACGCCAGCUGAUAAAAUGGACCCUUGCGAUUGUGCCAAGAGUGGAACCUGCAACUGCGGGGGAUCCUGCACCUGCACAAACUGCUCCUGUACCACCUGCAAGAAGAGCUGCUGCGCAUGCUGCCCGUCCGGCUGCAGCAAGUGCGCCUCUGGCUGCGUGUGCAAAGGGAAGACAUGCGACACCAGCUGCUGUCAGUGAGGAGCCUGCACCAUCAGCACCCCCCACCCCCACCCUCUGCCCCUAGUGAUGGAGCCCGUGUUUGAACUAAUAUUGAAUUGUUUGCAGUCGCAAAUUUAAAUAUAAAGAUGUAUUUUGUACUUGUCUUUAAAUGUUGAAAUAAAUCCGUUUCCUCAA